AUUUAAUUACCCCUUCCCCUUUCCUCCCAAAACCCCACAUCUCUCUCUCUCUCUCUCUCUCUCUCCUCUUUCUCUCUCUAACUUCGUCUUCUCACACCCCGCACAAUUUUCUCUCACUUCUGAUCCGAAACCGCAGCUGUUGUGGUGAAUCAUCGGAGAAUAAAGGCCGUAGAUGUUGUUGUAAUCUGGUGUUUGUAAUUGAGUUGAAUCUCUGAAGAUGGACGAAGAAGAGAGUAUGGCUGAUUGCGAUGAGAGAGUUAUGGAGUGGGAGGUGGGGCUGCCGAGCGCCGAGGACCUGACGCCGUUGUCUCAGCCGUUGAUCCCGCGGGAACUGGCGACGGCGUUCAGCAUCUCGCCGGAGCCUCGCCGGAGCGCGAUCGACGUCCACCGCGCGUCGCAGGACACGCUCUCGAGUAUCCGGGGGCAGCUGCACGCGCUGUCCUCGUCGGGCAAUGUUAACUUCAAGUCGUUCAACGACGAGGAGGCGGAUCCGACGAUGGACGGGUCGGAUCCGAGGAAGUUGAGGAGGAUUGAAGGAGGUGGUGCUACAGAGGAUGACGCGGCGGAAAACGGAAACGACGAUGCGGCGGCACGGGCGGCAGCGGCGAUGAAGCGGCCGCGGCUCGUGUGGACGCCGCAGCUGCACAAGAGGUUCGUGGAGGUGGUGGCGCAUUUAGGGAUAAAGAACGCGGUGCCGAAGACGAUUAUGCAGCUGAUGAACGUGGAGGGAUUGACGAGAGAAAACGUGGCGAGUCACUUGCAGAAGUAUAGGCUGUAUCUGAAGAGGAUGCAGGGGUUAUCGAGUGAGGGUCCGUCAGCAUCGGACCCUCUGUUUGCGUCAACCCCUGUGCCUCAGAGCUUACAUGAGUCCGGAGCUAUGGUACCGGAAACGAGAAGAAGGGAUGCGGGGACGUGGUCCGGAGGAAGUGUACAGGGGCAUGGGAAUGGGCAAGUCCAGGUUCCGAUUCCAAUGCCUUACCCACCGCAGAUGAUGCAUAUGCCAGUGUUUGGCAUGGCCCACGGUAAUGGCCAUCUGGGGAUGCCUAUGGGUAAUCUGGCCACACCUGGUUCUUAUCACGGGUUUGAGUCACAUCCAUAUAGUAUGGUGCCGCAGAGGGACUGGUCUGGAAAUAAGUUUGGCUCAUUUGCAUCCUAUCAACAUGUUACUCCUAAUGAUAAGUAACAAUAACUUUGAAGGAGAGAUUCGAAGGUUUGAUAAACUUGGUACAAGCUUACCUCGCUGAACUCAACCUCAUCCUGAAAAUGCUAGACACGGGUGGACUUCCAAAAUUCUAGGAAGCCUUUUGAGUUGUAUCAAAAGGGGUUACUAUGGAAUAAGGAAAAGACACAAGGUGUCACUGCGACACAGCGCAUACUUCCGUGUUAUGCUGAAGUGGAACGAGGCUACUGCUGUGUUGUUUCUGGUCUUUGCAAAUAGCAGCAAGUCAGAAAAUAUAUUCUUGACCCAUGUUUUGAUUUACAAAUGAUGAUGUUACAUGGUGAAGUGAUAACUCUAUUAAACCUAGUUUUUCAUCAAUAAGCUGGAAGUUAAUCAACAGACGGCAGUUGUUGAAUACUGAGCAUUACAUGUUCUUGUUCCUCGGCUUUCU